GUACAAGUAUUUCUACUUCCUGUUUGGGUGUUAACUAUGGCGUUUCCUUGUAAAUUCUAUAGGAUACACAUAAACUGUUGAAUUUCUAAAAAUACUUGGAUGUGUAUAGGUUAACACAAUACAGAACCAAGUCACCCAUCAGAGUCGGAAGAAUGCUGUUCAUUGCCUGGAUUCUGAGUUCAAUGUUUAUCCAUGCAGAAAGCAGGGGCAAUGUGAACUCGCUUGAAUUCCAAAGAGAUCGUGGAAUUAUUGCCACGUUAGAUGGGUACCUACCCCGCUGUACAGGGUGUGUGGUGUGGGGGAGGGACCCACUCAUUGUCUAUGGACGUAUGCAUAUACCACAGGACACGUUGUACGUAAUGGACGAGGCAGUAUUUUUUACGAUGGCUUGUGCGGUUGAUUUAGAUUCUUCCUAUAAAAAUUAUGACUGCACCAACUAUUCCGAUCAUCGUUCCUACAGCGGGAUUUGCAUGUUUAAUCAUCGAAUGUUCCCGCCAAAUAGCUGCCAAAAAUGGGAAGGUAAUCCAAGGUACCAAGAUGGCUGCUACUGCGACGACGGAGAACCCAAACUUUGGUAUGCGUAUAUACCCGCAAGGCUGUUUAGAAAGACCACGAUGACAAUACGCUUUAUUUACGAUGGACGAACUCUCGGACUGCAAAGAUGGUUCCCAUACAGAGCUAAUGAUACGCUGUUCGUCAAGGACCUAAUUGACCGCGGCCACAUAACUCGGCCCAAUCACAAGUCUACUAACAGAUCCGCACGCAGGCUGACAAAUCUUCUGCUGGAGUUGAGCUCAGUGGUUCUGGCCUUUGGUACCGUGGCUUCUUUCAUGACUUAGACUCCGAUCCUACUGACCGAUGUCCAGUUGGGUGUGGCCGAUUAAAUAUAUGAACUAGACAUCUCUAUGGCAUCAUAAGAUAGAAUGUCCAAAAGCUUAUGUUUAUUGUUAGAUAAUGUUUAUAAUUAUUUUUUAAUUAUUUUAUCAGUAAAAUUAAGUUUUUCCCAAACAUUAUGUCCAUUUCUUCAACUCCAAACACAAUCUUGGUUAAUAGCAUAAUAAAACACAUUUAGUUAUUAUAUAUAUAUAUUUUUCUCAGUGAUAAUGGUGUCUUGAUGAGCAACUUAAACGUUUUUAAAUAUGUAAUUACUUAUAUAAUUAUCUUUAAAGUUAAGCUAAAACAAAAGAUUACUUUAAUCUUCAACAAACGUAUAUAGUUUUGUUAAGUUAAAAUAAUUAAUGAUUCGUUCUUUAAGUUUGUAACACUACAUGUUUUCGUAAGUUAAAUUAAAUUAAUUUUUUACAUGUUCAACUUACAAACGCCGAAGCUCAUUAUUUUACGUAGGAAUUUUCUUAAAUACCUGGUGACACACACAGGGUAAUGCAAAAGUUAUUUGAGCUGGAGUAUAAUUAUAUUGAAUAAAUUGAUGAAACGUU